AUGUCUAACAACGCUCGUGUUCCCACUUACGAUUCACUCGAUAAGAUCUAUGCCACAUCAGCUCUUGGCAAGCAAGGUGUUCGUUACAACAACUUGAUUCAAAAGUUCACCGAGAUCUAUGGUCGCAAACCUGACUUCAUUGCACGUUCUCCCGGUCGCGUCAACCUCAUUGGAGAGCACAUUGACUACUGCGGGUUUGGUGUGAUGCCCAUGGCCAUUGAGCGUGAUUGUAUUAUUGCUGUUGCUACUACGGACCAAGAUACCAAGGUGCGCAUCGCCAAUGUCAACCCCAAGUACGAACCUCGCGAGUUUGAUUUCGAAGGCAAGGAGAAGAUUGUUACUAUUGACGACACCAAGCAUGAAUGGACCAACUACUUCAAGUGUGGCUACAAGGGCAUGUUGGAACGUGCCAAGGAUUUGGAAAAGCCAAAAGGAAUGUAUCUCUUGUUGGAUGGUAGCGUACCAGCAGGAUCAGGUCUUUCAUCAUCUGCUGCCUUUGUGUGUUCAGCUGCUCUUGCCACGAUUGAAGCCAACAAGUUGCCAUUGAGCAAACAAGAGUUGACCGAGAUUGCUAUUGUGGCCGAACGCAAUGUGGGCGUCAAUUCGGGUGGUAUGGAUCAAGCAGCAUCUGUGUUUUCUGAACAACAAUACGCAUUGCAUGUGGAGUUUGUGCCACGCCUUUCAACUCAGCUUGUCAAGUUGCCAGAGACGCAACCUCCCAUGGCUUUUGUCAUUGCCAACACCCUCGUCACCGCUGACAAGUUUGUCACCGCUCCUCGCAAUUACAACCUACGCGUGGUCGAAACAAGAAUGGCUGCUCUUUUCCUUAGCCGCGCUCUUGGAUUGGAUCAACAAGUCGAUUCGCUCAAGGAAGUCUAUGACCUUUACUUUAAGGAUGACAACAACAGCUCGGAUGUGGAAAAGUAUGACAAGUUGUUGGAUGCUGCUAUUCAAGCCUUCCCACAAGAUGAGAGCAAUGGUCAAGGCUAUACUUUGGAGGAAGUGGCUGAAAUGGUCAAUUUGCCAGCACAAACAUUGAAUGAACGCUACAUGACCCGUUUCCCUGUUGAGACCGAUUACUUCCGCCUUGUUCAACGUACUCGCCAUGUCUUGAGCGAAGAACGCCGUGUGGUCCAAUUUGCUGCUGUGUGUAAGCACGCUGAUGCUAAUACCUUGCAAGAACUUGGCGCUAUCAUGAAUGCAUCCCAAGAGUCAUGUGACAAGUAUUUCAACUGCUCAUGCCCUGAAAUCAACACCGUAUGUGAUAUUGCUCGCAACAAUGGCGCAUAUGGUGCUCGUCUCACGGGUGCUGGUUGGGGUGGAUGUACCGUUAUGCUCACCACUGAAUCUAAUGUGCCAAAACUUAUCAAGGCUAUCAAGGAUCAAUACUACGCCAUCAAAUUCCCCAACUUGACCCAAGAAGAGCUCGAUGAUGCCGUCCUUGCUACUCAACCUGGUAGCGGCUCUGCUGUUUACGUUGGCUUCUAA